CUCCCUGCUCUCUCCCCCGCUCUCUCUCUCCUCCACUCUCUCUGCUGCACUCUCUCUCUCUCUGCUGCAUACUCACUCUGCAGCUCACUCUCCCUGCCACACUCACUUUCUGCUGCACUCUCUCUCUGUUGUGCCCUCUGCUGCACUCUCUCAUUGUUGUGCCCUUUGCUGCACUCACUUUCUCUGAGCCCUCCCACCACGUAAGUUUCUCUUCCGCGCUUGCGUCGCUUCCGCGCUUGUUUCUCUUGCGUGCUAGAUCCAUCCUGCUCCAGUCCAGACCCCGCAACGCCACCAGCUGACGCCGAGCCACACAGUCUACCCACCCGGAACGCUUGUCGCCUCUGGAUCUAGUGGCCUGUCAUGCUAGAAACGACGAAAGCCAGACUGGCCGCCAGUGGCUCUUUUGGCUCUCAAAGCCCCUUGGACUUCACCUCGAGAAUGGAAGAUCUCAAGCGGGCCUGUUUGGAUCUAGAGCCCCUUCCAUUCGUCUCAAGCGGGCAUUUUUGGCUCUACUACCAGAGCCACUUUCCACUCUUCAAGCGGGCCAUUUGGUCGGGUUCUCGCCGCGAAUUUGGGCGCUCGCCGCACGUGGCAAGCAUAGAGACCUUGAGUUGAGUUGAUCCUCGCGAUCAAUCGUCGUUCACCGAUAGUCGUCCCCCAUAUCCCACACAUUCGCACUAGUCGUCCUCCCACCCACACACCUCCCACCCGCAUCAUCGGCAAUCGCCCCUGCCAAUCGCACGCCACGAAAAUCCGGGCCGCGGACUCAGAGUUGCUCGCACCGGGCCGUGCCCGCCGCACAGACGGGCUCGUUCGUUCGCGCCUGCGUGCCAUCCUCUCGUCGCGUUUUGCGGCGCUGCCUUUGCCGCGUAGUAGUAGU